AGCACUUUGUCAGAGGGGUCCAUUCACGCUACACCCAUGCAAGUACGCGCAGACUCAUUCUCAGCUUGGAGAGAAGCACUUAUGGAGUGAAAGAGGGCGGCUUCUUGCCAACUGUCUGGCAACCUUCACGGCUGUACUGGACUCCCUGCACUGAAGAUUCCAGCUGAUAUCCUGACAUGAAGCUCAAUUUAUUUGGUACCACCGUGAUUCUGCUUGUUGCCUUUUUGCCGCGCUUCGAAUGUCGGGCUAUUGAGAGCCCUGGCGGAACCCUGCGCGUCCCAGCUCCCCAAAACUCCCAGCAGCAGCAACAGUCUAGUCCCAUUCUGGAGCGCCUUGGAGAGGAGUAUUUUAUUCGACUGGGAAACGGGGACUCAAACUCUUUCCCGUCAUCGUCUCUGUAUCCCGUCGGAUCCCCUUCCAUCUUCAACAGAGCGUUGCAGCUCCAGCGUCUCUUGCAGGGGAAAGUUGGGAACAUCAGAGCGCUUCUAAGCGGCUUCGGGGAUCGCGGAGAGGAAUCAAUGGAAAGAGGAAGGAGGUCCGAGGAUCCGCCGAUCUCUCUGGACCUGACCUUCCACCUGCUUCGGGAGAUGAUGGAGAUGUCCAAGGCGGAACAGAUGGCUCAGCAGGCGCAAAAUAACAGAAGAAUGAUGGAGCUCUUUGGUAAAUGAAGACCUCUCCCCAGUUCGCCAAAGAUCUCAGUUCCCUUUCUUUUUCUUUUUAUUCUGCAUUUUUAUCAUCAGCACAAAACAUGAUCUGUGCAAUAUAGUGCUGCUUUAUCACUCUAUUAUUUAGAGCUUUAACCUCAAAUUAUGGAGCAUAAACGGGCUUGACUUAGAAUGAGUCGAUUGUACCUUGCCAUUGUCAAAUCUGUAGAGUUAUGCUGUUCUUCAUAUUUGAGAUAACAUACUUUUGUUGUGGAAACAUGAAUUUCAUUGAGAAAACUGGUAUUUUGUUUUAGAUUAUCAAUCACUGUAUUUAUGAUAUUUAUUGUUUGUUAAUAAACUCAUGUGCAACCAGUCA